CAGUUUGCAUUUUGAGUUCUUAGCGUCUGCCUGCGGCGUCCAAAGAGAGUUCUUAAAUUUAAUAAGUUUGUAUUGUUUUUUGAGAAAGUUUGUGAGGGGAAUUUGAUUUGUGAGAAUAAUUUGGCCGACACACAAAUAUUCCUCUAUAAUUUUUUUCCUCUCGGGAGAGAAAAAGGACUUUUCCUGACUACUUUUGAGAUUGAGCCCUCAGAAUGGAGACACGAUCAAGCAAGAGGCGUAAAUUGGAGCGGGUUGAACCACAGGAUCCAGAGAUGUUGAGAAACUCAAUUUUUGUUUUGAACAAUUAUUGUCUGUAUCACAUCUUCAGCUUCCUCAAUGUCCGGGAACUCCUGGUGAUGGAAAAAGUUUGCAAGUGGUUCAAGGAAGCCGCUAUGGUUACAUACAGGAGCAUCCGUGUGCUGGACUACAGUGAAUUACGCUCUUUGAAGAUUGGUGAUGAUAAGCAACUUGAACUCCGUCUUCCAGAAGCCACAAAGAUUGCUCGACGUGUUGGCCGAUACGUCCAUACUCUCAAGCUUUCUUGCUAUUCAAUCAGCAUGAGAAACGAAUAUCCACCGAGAGUUUUUAUGCUCUUCAAGAACUUGCAGACGAUUGAAAUGCAAUUUUUCGAUAUUCGCAAUGAGGAACGAAUGGUGCAUGAACUUUCAGUGGCUUUCGAAGGGGUUAAAGUCGCUAAAAUUUCUCUUUUGGAUGAUCAAGUUUUGAUGUCCUUGUUCAAGAUCAAUCAAUUAGAAGCACUCGAUGUGUCCUUAAAUUAUUCUAUUGAAGGAAAGUUCUUGGCAGGAAUGAAGAAAAUUCAGAAGAUUAAUCUGUCUAAUUGCCUGCGUUUGAAUCGUACACUGUUUAAGGAAUUCUGUAAUGAGAAUCCUCAGCUGAAAGGCCUAAACAUUGAACACUGCACUUCACUCGAUAGGAGUUGCAUUCAGGCUGUUGCAGCAAACCUGGAGAAUUUGGAAGAACUUGCAAUUUCCGACACCUACAUUGACAUUACGGAGGAAGAUUUUCUUAAGCUGGCGAAGUUACCAAAAAUCAAACAUUUGGAAGUUAAACGUGUACGUGGAUUAGAUUUCAACAAAUUCCUUCUGGAAAUAACAACACGCAACCGAUUGGAGGGCUUGAACAUUCAUCAAGUGAAGUGGUUGUCUGCCCUACCUAAUAUUCUUAAAAAUCUGACGAACAUCAAAGUGCUGGACAUCAGCGACAUUUGUUGCUUCGACUUCUUAUUGAGCUACUUUCCUUGCACAGAGACACUGCAGGAGCUCUACAUGAGCGACAACACAUACAUUUCCUCAGAGAGUGUUAAGCGGAUAAUCCUGAGAAGCAAAUCCAUUCGAUUCAUCGACAUUUCGGGAUGCGCAGAAGUGGACGGAAGUUUCAUUCCCCAGAUUUUGCCACAUCUAAAGGGUAGAUCACAUAUGCUGGAAAUUGUUGUGAAGGACACUCUAAUUUCAAAGGAUGAAUGUGAGAAGAUGAUCCUUCCGAAUAAUCUGAGGCUUAUGUGGAAGUAUGAUUAAACAUUGCAAAAUGCGGGGAUGUUUUAUGAAUGAUCUCUUAGUUACUUCAUAACUAUUUAAAAAAAAAAAAGUUAAGAAAAAAAAACUUUAUAUUUUUGUUCUAGUUCCUAUUUUAUUAAAUAAAAUUCUGAAUUAAA